UCUCGAAGAGGGCGGAGCCUAGCAAGAAGCGGCGCAUGCGCACAGUUUCUGGCCACGUCGAGCACCAUAGAGAUGCUAGGGUAAGCCAUUUUCAUGCCAGCGUCUUACCUGAGCUGCUCCCCUCCAGAAACAUCAGCCUGAAGACUCAAAACCAGCGCUUUUUCCUUACGGUUCAAAUGACACCUGGGGAGGGGGACGCAUCAUGGUGAGUUUGCUGGUUAACCAGAACUGCAUGGAAAGCUUGCGGAAGGAUAUCACGGACCUCCAAGGGACCGUCAUCAGCGUAUUCUCCCACGCUGGAGCGGUGCGUUUUCCUUCCUGGAAAUUCCCAGAUAAAGUAUCCUGCGACCUGGACUUGGUGUCUUUGAUGGGACAAUAUGACUUUGUGGAGAAUGACCCCGAAUUCACGCAGCAUUCGCACGUAGUUCUUCUGGAACUAGUGAUCGACAGGCUUCUCCUGCUGCUCCAGAGUUUCACGGGAUACACGGAAAACCUUAUCAGCGAAGAGGCUGUGCCCCCCUCGCGGCCGGUAGGCCCCUCCAUGUCUAUCGGGCUGACCGUGAGGAAGUACUGGAACAGCAUGCUGAAAAUGGGCGCCCUUUAUCAACAGCUGGUGGCUGAGAAAAAAUAUACCAAAGAUGCUUCUAAUCUAAAAAACUCCUUCCGGGUCGCCAAAGCCGAGCGCGAACGUUUGAAAAGCGGCUCUUCUGAGUCGGAUGUGACGUUGCCCAUCUUCCAGUCGUCCCCGUUGACGUCUUCCGCCGGCAGCCGGCUGCUGGACCACCCCUUCAGUGCCCGCUCGGACCCCUCGGUUAACGUGGUCGGCCGGAGCGUCCACUCCCAAACCAUCGAGAGCGCCCUGGUGCCCUGCGACGCCUGCGAGAGCACCCAGGCCAGCCUGCAGGAAGUCGGCAAGGCCAUCAUCGACCUCUGCGGCACCCUGAACAUCUCAUCCUCCCUGGGCAAGUUCCUGAAGAUGGUGGAGGAGAGGCUGGGAGGCAAGCUGCUGACGGCGAUGGACGUGGGGUACUGGGCCACCGAGCAGAGCAAGGACCUUUCCCGGGUCAACAAGCACAUCCAGAUGCUGAUGGGGCUCAUCAACCCUCUGAAAGGGGAACUGGAGGAGUUUGAGAAGCAGAAGAACGAGCUGAAGAAGCAGCUGGAGAGCCUGGACGGCAGCCUGCAGAAGGAGAAAGAGGCCAAGAGGCAGCAGAGGGAGGAGACGGAGCAGCUCCUGCAGAAGAAGGAGAGGGAAAGCCAGCAGCUGAUGGCCAAGCUGCAGAAGGCCAAGGAGGACCUCGGAAACCGAGCUGUUUCUCUGGAGAUGAGUCUGUCCACCUUGAAAGAAAAACUCCAGGUACAGGAAAGCACCAUCCAGGAACUGGAACAGGCCCGAAAGGAUCUGCAAGAGGAGAUGGAGUCCAAGAUGGUGGAGAAGGGCGAAGUGGACCGGCGGGAGGAGCAGCUGAAGGCCCUGGGCAGCCAGCUGGAGCGGGUGGAGCAGCAGCUGGCCUGGACCAACCUGGAGCUCAACAAAGAGAGGGCCAGAGGGGACAGCAUGCUCCAGCACCAGGAGUCACUCCAGGUCAAGCAGCAGAAUCUGAUGCAGCAGCUGGACAGCUUGGAUCAAGAAUGUGAGCAGCUGAAGACCACGGUGGCCGAUACAGAAGAUGACCGCCAGAUGAUGAGAGAGCGACUGAAGGAGAUCCAGGGAGAGAAAUGGGAGUUGCAAAGCCGGCUGGAGGCCCAGAAGGAGCUCUGCUGUAGAAUUCAGAAAGCUUGCAAGGUGACGUGCACCGCUCUCUCCACCCAGAAGCUCACGGAGAAACUGAAGCAGGAGAAGCAGGGGUUGGAGCAGUCCGCCUCCGAUCUGCAGAGGACCAUCGCCGAGCUGGGGGAGCUGAUCCACGAGAUGAAGGAGAAGGAGAAACUCUUGGUCUUCUUCCCUGAUCUUCACAUUCCCGCGGAGACCCAGUUUGAAAUCUCCGGGAACGUGACGGAAGACAUGGGCAAACAGCUGCAGGCCAACAACAUCCGGAUCAGCGUUCUGGAGGAAGAGAAUUCCCGUCUCCGGAACGCAAUCUCCAAAAUGAAAGAGCCGCCCCAGCAGGAGAUGCAGAAGUUUCUACUUCCAACCCAGCUGUGGAUUCGGUCCGCCGAAAAACCGGGGCCUCAAGACACUGCGAUGCCGCCUCCCGUGGGGUACCCCGCCGCGCCCGGUUUUCAGGGACCGGUUUCCAGGCCUCUGACCAGCAGCAGCAGCGGCGCCUCACGACACAGGCCUCCAAACAACCCCGCCCCGCAAUGGACCUCUGGCAACCAGCUGCCCAAGACCCCCCUGGGCCCUGCUCCGUUCAACCUUUUCUACAAGGAGGCGGUCAACAGCCCUUACGCCCCGGCCAAAGGAAGAGGACGCCUGCCCCCACCAGGAUACUGUACCCGCAACCACCAGAAAUAAAAGAGAAGCACGCUCAA